AUGGACUUGCUAAAUGAGAUUGAAGAUCAGUCAAACUCAUAUGAGUUUACGGUAAAAGCAAAACAAGACGAAUCUCAGUCAAUUACUCAGAAUGUAUCGCUUUUAGGUCCAACUUUUCAUUUAACAACAACUGGUCCUGAUCUAAGUAUAUUGAACAGGAUCAAGAGUAGAUUACAAGGGGAAGGCAAGUAUCAAGACGAUCUAGCGGAAACUCAAAAAAUUAUCCCAAAAAGUGGUGACAGUGGUGCUGACAGUGGUGCUGACAGUGGUGAUGAUACUGGUGGUGACAGUGGUGCUGACGAUGGUGCUGACGAUGGUGCUGACAGUGGUGCUGACGAUGGUGCUGACGAUGGUGGUGAUACUGGUGCUGACGAUGGUGCUGAUUCUGACCUGGUGGAACAGAUUGCUCCUUCAUUUCAAUUCUUACCGCAACUCAAAGUUGACGAAAGUGAAUACAUAAAUGCAAAAAUCGAGAAAAUAACACUGUCAAAUCUCGAGCCAACACAAGUCAUCCCAAUUAAUAAGACAUUGCCAAACUUGUUUGUCUCAGACGACGAGUGCCAAGAGGAAAAUGAGACUCCUUUGUUGCCCCAAGAGGAAAACGAGACUCCUUUGUUGUCCAAUGAGGAGAGACAAUCAAGAAUAAUUGCAUUGGCUGAGCAAAAAAGACAAGAAAGGCUCAUUAGAGAAAGAGAAGCUCUAGAACAAGAUGUUUCAAAAGGUACAAUCACCGAUGAGGAGAAUGACUUGAACAAUGAAGCAAACGAUACUGUAGUUUCCUCACACAUGAAAAGUGAUGGAAUAUCGCUGAAGGAAUUGGAGAAAGCACAAGAGUUUAUAAACAUACAAAAACGAAAAAUCGAUAUUAGACCGGCAUUUGAAAGUACACAAGUAUUCACAAAGGAUAGAUUCCUUAGUGCUUUUUCAGACGAUGAGGAAGAAGAGGAGAAGAAAAAGAAGAUGAUGCACGAUUACGAGGACGAAGAAGAAGUUUCUUCAAAAGUUGGAGGAAAAUCAUCUUCUCCUAGAGGUAGAGACUAUCUAAAAUCAAGCCCUACAACUUCACCAGUAAAAGAUCAUCAAGAGGAAAAUGUUUAUGAUCUUUUCCAGCUCAAAAAGCAUAAAACCCCAACAAAUCCAAUUGCAACGUAUAUCAACAAGUUGAAACAAGAUCUUGUUCAUGGCGGAUUAACCUUGGACUCUGAUUCAGAUAUAGAAGUUGGUCAUUCUUCUUCCCCAAUUAGAAACCAAUUUUACAAAACACAAAUGACGAAUCGUGGUAACGAAUUGGAUAUCAUACCUGAACUAUCCAAGGAAAAGAAAUUGAUGAUUAGACAAAAGUAUUCUAAAAAGAAAUACCAAAACUGCAAUCAACAAAGACGAGGACAAGGACAAGGACAAGGAGCCAAAAUCCCAAGUUAUGGUAAUAAACAAAAUAAUGAUUUUUUAAAACAAUUGCAUAAACGAAACAUUCAUCAAUUGAAAGUGCAUAAACUUAACGAUCCUGAUUACGCUUUACGAGAAGAGUUUGAAAAAGAGGAGGAAUCGAUGACGUCGCUUUUAGAAAGAGAAAUGGAGAGGGUCAGAAAUAUUAGGAAAAAGGAAAAGUUGGAAGAACGAGCCAAAUUAGCGUUACUAAGGAAGAAGGAGUUGCGUGCAAAGACAAAGGGUGAUUACUCGGGAUCAGAGGAGGAGGAAAUGCAAUUUGAUGAAGUUGCUGACUCUGAAGUUCCAGAGAGUGAGCAAGAGGAGGAAGAGGAGGAAGAGGAGGAAGAUAGUGACAGGAAUAAUCAUUCACCUAUUUCACAAAUAAGCUACGAUCAAGAAGUUGCUAAAGACAAUGAUCAAAGUCAGGAGGAAGAAACUCUGGUUAUCGGCCAGUCUAAUUUGCAUGAGCUUUUCCAAAAUUUACAACCAAGACAAGAAGAAGACUCAUUCAUAUCUACACAACAUGAAGUAAAUGCCAAAAUGGAACCAAAAUUACCUCAAUUUGAAGAUCUUCCACAAACUCAGGGUACUCAACAGACACAAGUGGAUGCUAUUACUCAGGUAGACUCUACAACUUUGGACGAUUUCGAAACUCAGAUUAUUAAUCGUGGAAAACAUAUAGAUGAUGAAGAAGAAGGAGACAAUGAUGAUGAUGAUGAAGAAGAAGACAAUGAUGAUGAUGAUGAUGAUGAUGUGAUUACACCUGCACAAGUAUCACGAGGUCGUCGAGCUAUGAGAAAUAAAUUAAACCAAAUUAAAGAUGAAAAAGUUGACCAAGAACAUGAAAAUGAGAUGAAUGAGAAAGAUGAACAAGAGCAAGAAGAAGCGUUGAAACAGAGACUUCGAGAAUAUGAGCAAAAAUUGCGUAUAAAAGAACUAAAAUUACGGAAAAAGAGGAAAGAAAUGGAGAGGAGAGGGUUAAAAGAUAUAGUUGAAGGAGAAGCAGAAGAAUCUGAAGAUGAAUGGAAGGGGCUUGGUGGAGUCGAUGGCGAGUUUAGUGAUGUUGCUAAUUCCGAAGAUGAAAAGAUGAUUGAUAAUGAUUUCAAUAUUGAUUUGCAAGAUGAAGCAAUUAAAAAGAAAUUCAUGGAAGAUUAUAAAAUCAAAGAUCAAAAGGAAUUGGAAAAAUUGCUUGAUGAUAUAAAGAACCAUCGAUUAAUUAAACGAGUCGCUAAUAAUGGAUUGGAUAUUGAAUUGAGUGAUGAAGAGGAUCAGUUAUUAGCUGCUUAUAGAAAACAAAAAUACCAAGAACAGCAACUGAGACUACUUAAAAAUAAGAAAUUACAAACAUUGAGUAAGAAUGAGAAAUCAAAGGCAUUUUUUGCAACUAUACAAGAUAAAAAUGAGGUUAUCAUAAUUGAUAGUGAAAAUGAAGAUGACGAUGACGAUGACGAUGAAGAAAAAGACAAAGAAGGAGAAAUUGCCAAUCCGUUUGGAAAAGAGAAAGGCGGUGAAGUUGAAAACAGCAACGGGGAUGAGGGAGAAGACGACGAAGAGGACGAAGAGGACGAAGUAAAGGAAUCAAUCAAGAAAACAGUCAAGAUAAAGCAGUCGUUUGUACAAAAACAAUUGUCGUUUCUCCAUAAAAGCGUUUUUGAUGAUGAUGAUGAGCUUAAAUAUCAAAAAAUACAAAAGUUAUCAAAUAUCCAACACGGCUUUUCUGAAGAUGAAGACGAUUUGGUUGACAUGAAUGCCUUAAAGUCGCGUAGUUCGCUUAAUCUAGGAAAAGUAUCAAGAAAAAGAAGCAUCGACGAUGGUGAUACUGAUGUAGAUGAAGAUACACAAAAGGAUAAUGAUAAGUGCACGAGUGAUGGUACUUGUGAUAAUGAUGAUGAUGUGAAUGAUGGGUUUAUGCCAGUUUUCAAAAAACCAUCUAUUGUGAAAUCGUUCAAAUCUUUCCAAGAACAACAAGGCAUCACCAUCAAAGAUGGUAAACAACAUUUUUCGGGAGUCACCAUAAGUAAACAAUAUAAAGUUGUUUCAGGUUCAAAGGCCUCAAUUACAUUCAUGUCAAAGAAAUCCAAUCAUUUGAAGAAUGGUAACCCUGAAGAAAAGAGAAAUAGCAAACAACGACAAAUUGAGCGAGAUUUGAAUAAUUUCAAACGAAAUUCUACAUCAUCGGCAGUAUUCUCCACCUCUGGAUUCAUAUAA